CUCUAUCUUCCUCUCCGAAACUAUGUAGCAGUAGAAUUCUUAUCUCUGUUAUCAUAGCUCCAUCCAUGGCUCUUUCAUUCUGUAACAAUCAUCUGCUUCAUCUGAACAAAAUCCCUUUUGCUCUGCAAUCUCAGCGCACACCUUCAUCAAACACCACAUACACAAGCUUGCUCCAAUUCCCAUCAAUCCGGUGCUGCUCAACUCUCAACCAGAAAAACAGCAUCAAUCUCAACACUUGCAAGAACUGCAAAACCCAAUUCGACCCUGCCCUCAAUCACCCUCGUGCUUGCCGAUUUCACACUGCCCAUUAUGGAGGAGAAACUAAGAGAAAGUUUGAGAGUGUGUAUGAAGGGGGUACCAUGAACACUCCUGACUCUGGCAAAGUUCUUCAGUAUUGGCAUUGCUGUGGAUCUGAAGAUCCAUUUGAUCCUGGUUGCACUGCUUCUCCUCACUCCUCCUAUGAUGACUAAUGUAGAUGCCAUUCAUUAUCCAUGAAUCUGUGGUUCACUUAUUGCAUUUAGGACUCUUCUUGCUAAAUAUUAUAGCUUUCCAAACACUUGUACAAAUUCAUUGAUACAAUAAUUUCUGAAAAAUUUGAAUGCUGUCCUCGUGGAAACAUAUAAUCUGCAACAUAAUCCUCAGACUUUACUUAGUAUAAUAUGUUUGUUAAAGGAGACUAGGAGGUGGAGGAAGAAUUCUCUAGGAGGACCAGCAGUUGAUCAAUGUAGACUCCAUUUAAUUGUGAUUCUCAUUCAUUAUGUCUCA